CGCGGAGCCUCCUGCCGAGGGCGGGACGCGGCCGAGGGUGCACGGAGCAUGGGGCGCGCCUGGCUCGCCUUCGCCGCCGCCGGCCUGAUGGCGCUGGCGGGCCUCCUCGCGGGUAGGUGGGGGCGAGGGGAAUUGGGGGGUGGGAUGGAGACGCCAACACACACACACACACACCCAUCCCCAGAUUCCACCCUUUUUCUCUACCUGGAUAUUUUCUGGAUUGCAAAUAUUUGGGGGUCUAUUUUUGGGUGGGGGGUGGAAUUUGCAACGGGGGAACCGCCCCCCCCAACCCAGACAGUCUCGUCUCUCCCCCACCCCCCGACCACUCCCCUCGCGCAAAAAAUAAGGAGGGCGCAUUAUUACUAUUUUUUGGCAAUGGUUAAGGAAACUGGGGGAGCCUUUUCAAGAAGUGGGGUGGGGGACGGUUAGGGCUGGGGGGUGCAAAAUGGCCACAUUGGGGUGGGAAGAGAAGACCCUUCCCCCCCAAAAAAUGAUUCCCACCCCUCCUUUUUCUCCUCUCCCUCCCCCACCCCUCAUUUUGUAGGAUGCUUUCGGGGAUGUCUGUUGAGUGAUUUGGUGGCGGCGUUAGUUGUAAUGCAAGACACGUGUUACAAAAUCCACACACUCUCCUCGCCCUGCUUCCCCUCCCCUGCAAAUGUAUUUUGGGGUGUGUGUGUCCGUAUCCCCCCCCCCCAAAAAAGGAGGCUGUGGCAAAUGGAGAGCUGGAGGGCAGGGGGAGGGGCGGGCGGCGGCAGCGGCGGGAGAUCGCAGCGAAAUGCGGAAUCGCACCGGAUCACGUCCUAGUGAUUCCGUUGUGGGCGAGUCAGGGGUGGUGGUGCAACAUCGAAGACCCCCUGUGCCUUUCUUGGCUGCACCCCCUCUCAAAAAAAAAAAUCUGUCGAAGAUCGAAUGAAUGCAAAAAGAGAGUCCAUUUAUUUCUUUAAAAAUGCGGGUCUUGUUUGAUGGUGGAAGAGAUCUAUCUGUAUAGUCCCCCGGUGACCGUGUCCUGUCGUAAAUAAACCCCAGACGCUUGGAAGGGAGUGAGAAUUAUCCUGCCUGCUGCUGCUGCCUGGUUCAGAUGUGUAAAUCUAUGGAUUUUCAGGUCAGAAGGCCACAAAAACCAGUGACUCAGUCAGACCUUCCUUCCAGAGGGGGGGAAUGCAAAAUGAUUUUUCCCCCCUGCAAGACUCUCAGCUGCCUGGCAGGAUCGGACCAGGAGGUUCCACCUGUUCUAGGAUCUGGUGAUGACCAGUCAGACAGGUGCUGACUUGAGGUGUGUGCGUCUGUGUGUAGGCAUGGAGGUGAUGUCCACCCUUUUGGGAUCUCUCCAUCCCUCUUCUCCAGCUGGUUUUGCCUGCAGUCCUCUUCUUCAGUCACACCCCCAGUCCUGGAUGCUCAAAAACCAAACAGACACCCUCCUCCUUGUAUUUAUUUUCCCCCUGGUUUGAGGAGGGGUGUUUCCUACCUCUAGAACCACUUAUUUCUGUUUUGCAUUGGCUUCUUUUCCAUUCCGCCCUCCUUUUUCUGUUCGCUUUUGUCUUAAGCCUCGGAAAAAAACCCUGAGAUCUUUCUCAGGGAAGCCAAAAUUAGAACACUGGGUGGGUGGGGGGUCUUGUCAGAGGGAGCCCACCCUUUGCCCAUGGAAUGGAAGGAAGGAUUUCUCCCGAAGGUUGAUCAGGCUGCCUUCCUUCCUUCCUUCCUUGCGGGGAGAGGUCCACCGAUUUGGUAAAUAAACCCCGAGGCGACUGUUAGCGCCAAAGAUAUUUCCCAUAUUUACACCCCUCUCCUCGCUACAACCAGCCAGCUUCUUCUCUCCCCCCCCCCCACCUUCCAAGUGAUUAAUUCUGCUCUACUACACUGGGAAAGAGGGGGAAGGAGAAAAGCUGAAUCAGGCAGCCAGAAUGUGUGGGAAUGAGCCGCGAGCCGAGACCGCUGCUAUUUUUGACACCGCGGCAAGGAAGAAUACGUAUAUAUAUAAUAGGGAAAGUACCAUUCGGUGCACUGGAAUUGUCCGUAGGAGGUUCUGGGGUUUGGAAAAGCAGAGAAGCUGAAUGUUGGAAGAUUCAGGGCGGAUAGAAUAAAGUCCUUCUUCAUGCAGCGCUGAGUUGAUCUGUGGAACUCCCUUCCACAAGAGGCAAUGGUGGCCAAUCUAGGUGACUUUGAGAUAGGACUGGGCAGAUUCAUGGAGGUUAAAGCCAUCGAGGGCUAACAGCCCACAAUGGCUAUGCUCUCGCGCCCGGGUCGUGCUUGCGGGUUUUGCAUUGAGACAACUGCCCUGUUCUGCCCUGAUGCAGUUUAUAGCUCAGUUGUCAGAGCGUGAGGCUCUUAACCUCAGGGCCAUGGGUUCGAGCCUCACGUGGGGCAAAAUAUUCCUGCAUUGGACUAGAUGACACACGAGGUCCCUUCUGACUUUUCUAUGUAUCAGGUUAUGAGGACAGGAUGCUGCCUGGGCCUGAUCCUGCAGGGCUCUUUAUGGGUUCUUAUUUUGGGGAGGGAGCUUAGCAACGCCUCUGUGUGCACAGAAAGGAGCGCCUCUCCCUGCUUGUGUUCUUCUCCACUCACAAGCGCUUUUGCCUUUCUUGCCUGCAGCCUCUGAGCAACCUGCAAGAUCCCCCAACGCCACUGACGUCCGAGGAGCCCCCUGGCAAAGCAGGCCGGCCGCUGUGAGCAGAGCACCGCCUCCGAGGAAGGAGAAUCCCUCGCCACCGAGACCCAGCGCCUGGCGAGGAGGGAACGCCUCUACCGCCAAAGCCUCACAGGCAGCGGGAGCGAAGGAAUCUCAGCUCAAGCCACCUGCCGUUCUCCCAGGCGGCGAUGGAGGAGACGCCGUCGCUUCUGACAUCCCAGCUGCUGGCAGCCCCCCAGGGGCAAGUGUCACAGUGAGGUACAUUUCUGGAGAGAUGGAGGAGAAAAACGUGUCGGGCCUCUGUCUGGGCUGCCCCGGAGGGACUCUCAGCCAGCCUUUUUUGGGGGGACGCGACGGCAAGGGCCCCCUCGAAGCAUUGUCGGGCGGAACCGAAUUUGCCCAGCCGGCGCAGGGGCAGGAGGGGGCCUGGAAGUUACUUGACGGGAAGGACGGGGCAGCGGGGAGCCCCCACACCGCCCCAGAAAGCCAAGAGGAAGCCGGUAGCGGGGACCAGCCCGCCAAGGCCUCCCCGGAUCAAGGGGAGUUGGCAGAACGGACCACGACCCCCAAGUUUGCACCAGAGGCCAGCUCUCCCGCAGGCCUGGGCCACAGUUCGGCCGAGACGGACCUCCUCCUCAACACGUUUGGGGUGGCAGUGCUGGCGUCUCCCACGAGGGCCGACGUCCCGGCCCCCGAGGAGGGUGGGGCGGUCCCAGAGCAAGACUCCGCCCAAAAGGAGGAGCCUCUGGAGCUGUGGGUGGAGUCUUCCAGCAGCUCACCGGCCGAGGGCGCGGAAGGCCGCACUGACCGGAGCUGGCCGGGCGCCGAGACCUCGCGGACGGCUGUCACGCCUCCGGUCAAGGCCUCCCCGAAGCCGUCGCAGGACCCUUUGGCCUCCGAGAUCAUCGACAUCGAUUACUAUGACCUGUUUGACGGGGAGAGGCUAGGCGGUGCCGGCCUAGACUCCACCAAGCGGAAACCGGUGGACGACAAAGGGAUGUCGUGGUCCCUGCACGACCUCUACGAUGACUUCACGCCCUUCGACGAGUCUGAUUUUUACCCCACGACUUCCUUCUACACCGAUGGGGAUGAGGAAGACCUGGACGAGCCGGAGGAAGAGGAGGAGGAGGAAGAUGGCGGAGGAGGGCUGGCCAGGGAUCUGGAGGAUGAGAACGGCUUUCGGAUCCCCACGCCGGCUACACCCAAGAUCCACACCGCCGUCCAGGAAGCGGAGCCCACCAGCCGCCGCUACGUCGUCCCACCUCUGCAGACUUUUGUCAUCACGGGGGGUGGCGGCAGGGCCACCCCCAGACCCCGUCCGGCGGAAGUUGGCCGGGACCUCAGCCUGUUGGGCGUCGUGGAGAACGGCACCGAAUGCCGUAGUGGUUUUGUCCGGCACAACAACUCCUGCAAAUCCAUGUGUGACACGUUCCCCAGUUACUGCCAUAACGGGGGCCAGUGCUAUCUGGUGGAGAACCUGGGGGCCUUCUGCAGGUGAGGCGCUACCUGGAAGUGGGCGGGGCUUCCCUGGCAGGUGAGGUGGGAGUAGCAGAGGCAGCUGUGGCCGCGCUGGCCACCGUGCUGCAGGGGGCGCCACAACUGGGAUGUGGAAGGGAGCAUGAAAGGCAAGGGGGAAUUUUAGCGACACCCGGGGUGCCCCUGAAAUUUGAGUCUUCUUCCACUGGGAGUAGUAGCCUUAAAAGGUCUGGGAUGGGCCAGGCUGACCCUGGAUUUGAAGCAUAGAUUCAUCCUCCACCCAAAACUGCACUGGCUUCAGCUUGGUCUCCGCAUGUGACAGGGUGAGGGGUUCGAAUUCAGAGCUGGUCAGAGUGGAUGGAACCAGUUCAUAGUUCAAAUGGGUGAGUGCUGUUAACGGAACGCCCCCCCCUGUGUGAAAACACACAAAGCUCCCCUUCAAGUAAGAAGACCAGUGCAUCAGGCGCAACGGUUUUAGCCUAGACCGCUCCCUGUUGAGCUAGUUUUCUAACUGCAGGGAGUUUGGGCUUUCUUUAUUUAUUUCAUCAGAUUUGUAUGCUGCCUGGUUGUAAGAAAGCAAAAGCCUCAAGAAAGAUGAAGGGAUAAAAUUAUCCAUAAGGAAAAAUGGCCGCAAUAAUUGAAAGUAGCAAUGGACCAAAAACAGAUGGAAAUUUGCACCGCCUUUCUAAACAUCUGAGUGGACCUGUCUAAACUAGGAUGUUUCUAACAUGUGCGGAAAAGAGUCCAGCGAAGGUGCCGGAUAGUGAGUUCCAGACGACUUUGUUUAGAAUGCUCACGUUCCUUUUUAUGGCUCUAGCAACCUCUCUGGUUGUACCAGGAACCUCGAGGCUCCGUAUUUUGGAUGGCAACUGUGCCAGAGGGGCUAGUGGCCUGCUUUAUGGCCUCAUGAACCAAAUAACCAACGUGGUGAGAUUGAUGUGCAAGUCAUGUGCUGCCUUGCAAGGUUCCCAACUAGGAGAGCAUCGGGGGUGUAUUAGAGCAGGCUGGUAGGGGAGCCGAGGAGAAGGAUUGCCUCAGCCUUAAUUGCAGCAGAGGUCACACGCCUUGCACUUUUUCUCCAUAGGACUGAAUGGGAGGUAAUAAUGAUAAUAAUAAUAAUAAUAAUAAUAAUAAUAAUAAUUAUUAUUAUUAUUAUUAUUAUUAUUAUUUAUACCCCACCCUCCCCACCCAAAGCCGGGCUCAGGGCGGCUAACAAGCAAUAAUAAAAGCAAGUUGAAAGAAUGCAACUUAAAAAGAAGAUUAAAAUACAACAUUAAAAUAUUGAAACAUUAAAACACUAAAAUGCAGAAAGGAGAAAAGAAAGAGGGGGAGGGAAUCAAAUUGGCUCCAAGCCAAAGGCCAGGCGGAACAACUCUGCCUUACAGGCCCUGCAGAAAGAAAUCAGAUCCUGCAGGGCCCUGGUCUCAUGAGACAGAGCGUUCCACCAGGCCGGGGCCAUCACUGAAAAGGCCCUGGCUCUGGUUGAAGCCAAUCUAACUUCCUUAGGGCCCGGGACCUCUAGGGUGUUGCUCUUUAUGGACCUUGAGGCUCUCCGUGGGGCAGACCGGGAGAGGCGGCCCCGUAGGUACAAGGAUCCUAGGCCAUGAAGGGCUUUAAAGGUCAAAACCAGCACCUUAAAUCUGACCCUGUACUCCACCGGGAGCCAGUUACCCGCUUAAUGUGGAAGAAAAGGGGCGCAUCCCUCUUGGCAUGCGGGCUAAAUCUGGGAAAUCUCAUCUGGCACCCCCAAGUGGGAACACGCUCCUGUUUGCUGACCCCCAUAUCCUGAGUUAUCUGAGAAUUAUAGAGUGGGAAGGGAGCUCCAAAGGUCAUCUGUUCCAACCCCUUGCAAUGCAGUAAUGUGGGGUUUGGGGUCACACUGGACUGUGAUGGAGCUUUAGGGAAUGGUCUCAUCGACCUGAAGGAAUGGGGCACCUGUGGCCCUCCAGACGUUAUUGGACUACACCGCCCAUCAUCCUGACUGCAGUUUGCCCAUCAGCGACAGAUACAGACAGUACAGUGGUACUCCGGUUGCGGACGGGAUCCAAUCCGGAGCUCUGGUCUGAUCCCGAGGUUUCCACAACAAGAGGCGCAUACACGAGCGGCGAAACCCAGAAAAAUACUUCCGGGUUUGCUGCUUUUGCUACCCGAAGUUUAGUAACGUAAGCCAAGGUUCUACUGUACAGUGGUACCUCGGGUUACAUACGCUUCAGGUUACAGACUCCGCUAACCCAGAAAUAGUACCUCAGGUUAAGAACUUUGCUUCAGGAUGAGAACAGAAAUCGUGCUCUGGCGGCGCGGCAGCAGCAGGAGGCCCCAUUAGCUAAAGUGGUGCUUCAGGUUAAGAACAGACCUCCAGAACAAAUUAAGUACUUAACCCGAGGUACCACUGUAUUUUCAAGAACUGCAACGAAGUGUUGCAGCGCGGAUUUCUCCCAUCAACCACAGGCUAUUGAAAAAUAUCCCAUGCCCUUCUCUCUUCCUGCCCCCGAACUCCUGUUUUUCCAUUUCGUCCCCCCUCCCCGCAUUUCCUAUACAUUUAUUGCAUUCCACCUUUUUUUCUGAGUAGCUCACGGUGGCACCUGUGGUUUUCCCCCUCCCUCCUCGUUUAGUGCCCCCCAACAAUAACCCUGCGAGGCAGGGACCGGCCCCCAAGGUCACACACCGAGUCGGGAUUCGAACCCUGGGCUCACAGGGCGAUGCUCUUUGGUCUCUGAAAGGUGUGCCCCGAGUCCUUUGUUUACGACGACCCUGGGAGGUAGGUCCGAUGCUAUCCCAGCCCCGUGCCCUCUGCCCGACCCGAGGUUGCGAGAGGCAGCCUGAAGGCGUCUCGGCGGCUGCCUGCUGAGCGGAGAAGGGGGAGGGAUUUCCCGGGUGCUCCCUGCCCCCACAGCACCCUGCCUGCUCAGCCGAGCCGGAAUUAGGUCAGAGCCACGCUGACGGGCUGCUCUCCCUGAGUCACUAAUCAGCUCUGGCAGACAGCGGUGGCGGGAAGAAGGCGCGCUGUAUCCAGAGAUGGCGUUCUGGGUGCGAGUCACAGGGCGCCCCGGGAGCAGAGCUUGGGUAGGGGUCCUCUGCGGGAGAUGCACCCCUUUUGCAAUCAGGCAAAAAUCCUGAAGCGCAAAUGGGAGGCGAGUUCAGAUUCUGCCUCACUCCUCCUUGGUGUGCCACAGGGGAAGGGUUGUUGGUUCAGUGGGUGUGGCGUGUGCUGUGCAUUCAUAAAGUCGUACAAUUGUCUGGUUUUGGAGGGACCAAGGGGGUCAUCUAGUCCAACCCCAGCAAUACCGGAGUCACAGGUUGCUAAGGCUGAUACACCCACCUGCGGGUUCCCUGUGUUUUUCUUGGUCCUUCUGGGCUGAUGGGAUGAGCAUUUCCAGCUAAAUCCUUUUUCCCAGCAAGCCUUGGAUGCCGUUGCAAAAUCUGCAUGUAUUGCAUGAUAGUGUUUUAUUCUGCAUUGUCUGGGUUUUUUUUUUAAAAAAACCACUAUGUUUUUACACUGCAUUUUGUAAAAUUAUCAUUAGCCAUACUGGGAGUGUGAAGCAUGAGAAAUAAAGAAGUCGGUAGUGGGCAGGUUUCGGCCCUCUGGGUGUUGCAGAACUACAAAUCCCAUCAUCCAUUGGCCAUGGGGGUCGAUGGGAGUUGUAGUUCCCAAGAGGCCUGGACACACACAUGAUAGCAGGGUGGAUUUGAUUUAAAUCAAAUCCCGAUUUAAAUCACUGGUCAGUAAGACUUGAUUUAAAUCUCUUUUUUUACAGAAGGACUCAUUCUUGCUGGUAUAAUCUUAAUAUUUACAGCCAGAUGAAGGUUUCAUUUCUGGAAUAAUAAUUUUUCAGAAUAGCUUUUACAGUUACAUCAAAAAUUACUGAUUUGGUUAUACUAUUAGAAAUACACAGAUAAUUAUGAAAUUAGUGUGAGGCUUAAUAGCUGUUUAUAUUUGGACAACUUUCCUGCUGUACUUUAUUGGAAGAAGAAAAAUAAUCAUUUCCUUGGUAACAAUUUAAACCAUUUAUUUAACUAAAACAAUAACAUUAUAGCAUAUGUAACUUAAACAGAAAACUAUAUUUAGAAAGAUUUUUCCUCCAAAAGCAUUUUAUUUUAAAAAUCCAAUUUAUUAUUUUUUUUAAAAAUGCGAUUUAAAUUUUAAAAAUCAUAUAUAUAUAUAUAUAUAUAUAUAUAUAUAAUCAUUAAUUUUUAUCCACCCUGCAUGAUGGGAGUUGUAGUCCAAAACGACACCAGCUUGGGGGAAGCCAGGGUCCUCUGUGUCGUGCAGCAGCUGAGGCCGCCCUAACAUUAUUGCGCAAGGCGCUGUACUUGGGGGCUUCCCUUUCUCUCGAUCCACAGCUGUAGUUAGCGCAGAAUGCUGCAGCCUGAUUGCUGACAGGAUAGACGCCUUGCCAGCCUAUCUCACCUGUGCUCAGAUACCUGCCCUGGAUUUCAGCUUGUUACCGGGCAAGGUUCAGGGUGCUGCUAUCAGUAUAUAAAGCCCUGAACAAUUUGGGACCAGUUUACCCGCAAGAUUGCCUCACCCCACAUGAACUGACUUUGAUUGCUGGAACUGGCAGGCGCCGAAUAAGUCCCAUUCGAUAUUUGUAAGAGCUCAAUAUUUGACUGUGGCGGCACUUAGACUGUGGAACUCCCUGCCUGUUGAUAUUAAGUGAGCACCUUCACUGUGGAUUCUUCUGCGCCUGAUAAAAACAUUGAGUGGUUUAGAAAGCUGGUUCAAGCCUUAAUUGUAAUUUUAACUUUCCGACGCCUGAAAUUACCUUUCCUAAUUUUACUUAGUACAGUGGAUGCUCAGGUUGUGAACGUGAUCCGUGAGGGAGGCACGUUCGCAACCUGGAGCAUUUGUAACCCACAGCAGCGCAUCUGCACACGUGCGGGUUGCGAUUUGGUGCUUCUGCGCAUGCGCAAAGCGCGAUUUAGCGCUUCUGCGCGUGUGCGACCGCCGAAACCGAGAAGUAACCCAUUCCGGUACUUCCGGGUUUCAGCGCAUCCGUAACUCGAAAAAACGCAAUCUGAAGCGUCUGUAACCCGAGGUAUGACUGUAGUUUUCUUAUGGUUCUAUCCUUUUUGUCAACCUCUUUUGAAGGUUUUAUUUUUGCAUUUGAGCGGCAUAUGAAUUUGACGAAACAAGCAAAUAGGUUGCUGCUACAAUGUGGGGCUGGUUUGCAUACUGAGCCUAGCCCCAAAUUGGUGACCUGUUUGUGCCGCUAAGCUGAACUAGGCGUAGCUUUUGAACCCAGUGUUGGCACCAACUAAUCCAGAAUGCGGCAGCUAGACUGGUGACUGGGGGCGGCCGUUGAGACCACAUAACACCGGUCUUGAAAGACCUACAUUGGCUCCCAGUACAUUUCCGAGCACAAUUCAAAGUGUUGGUGCUGACCUUGAAAGCCCUAAACGGCCUCGGUCCAGUAGACCUGAAGGAGCGUCUCCACCCCCAUCGUUCUGCCCGGACACUGAGGUCCAUCUCCAAGGGCCUUCUGGUGGUUCCCUCGCUGCGAGAAGCCAAGUUACAGGGAACCAGGCAGAGGGCCUUCUCAGUGGUGCGCCCGCCCUGUGGAACGCCCUCCCACCAGAUGUCAAGGAAAUAAACAACUACCUGACAUUCAGAAGACAUCUGAAGGCAGCCCUGUUUGGGGAAGUUUUAAUGUGUGACAUCUUAAUGUAUUUUUGGUCUUUGUGGAAGCUGCCCAGAGUGGCUGGGGAAACCCAGCCAGAUGGGCGGGGUACAAGUAAUAAAUUAUUAUUAUAAUGGGCCUUUCAGGGGAGUAAAUCGCCGCGUUUAUCGAAGAGUCACAAAUCUGUCCCUUUCGUCCUCAAGCCCCUUCUCCUGGCUGCCAUCUACAUUGCAAGGCCUACCUUGCAGGACCGUCGUAGGGUUUUCUCAAUCAUUAUCCCUUUAAGAAGAAGUGCUCUGAGCACUUGAAAUUUGCUACUUGAAAUUGGCAGCUCGGCGCCUUCUCUGACAAGGGAUGUCCCAGGGAAACAGACAAGCUGGUGACAUGUGGUUAUCUUUUCCUAAGGUAUCCUGCCCCUAACCUGGGAAGCUCCACUUUUAGCCUUUAUGAGUAGGCUUCUCCACUUGAGUGGAGCUGGGGUGGUGGUCAAGAUCCAGUGCAGGGAGAGCAGGGGAGGCCCGCCCUGUGGAAUGCCCUCCCGGCAAGAGUCAAAGAGUUAAACAACUGUAAAAAUUUUCAUAGGCAUCUGAACGCAGCCCCUCCUUUGGGAAGCUUUUAAAUGUUUGGGUUUUCCUUCCUUUUUAAAUUGCAUUUUUGUUGGAAGCCACCCAGAGUUGCUGGGGCAACCCAGUCAGACAGGCAAAGUAUAAUAAAUUAUUAUUAUUAUUAUUAUUAUUAUUAUUAAUAAUUUAUUUAUACCCCGUCCAUCUGGCUGGGCUUCCCUAGUCACUCUGGAUAGCUUUCAACAAAAUAUUAAAAUACAGUUAUGCAUCAAACAUUAAAAGCUUCCCUAAACAGGGCUGCCUUCAGAUGUCUUCUAAAAGUCUGGUAGUUGUUCUCUUUGACAUCUGGUGGGAGGGUGUUCCACAGGGCAGGUGCCACUACCGAGAAGGCCCUCUGCCUGAUUCCUUGUAACUUGGCUUCUCGCAGUGAGGGAACCACCAGAAGGCCCUUGGCGCUGGACCUCAGUGUACAGGUAGAACGAUGGGGGUGGAGACGCUCCUUCAGGUAUCCUGGACCAAGGCCGUUUAGGGCUUUCAAGGUCAGCACCAACACUUUGAAUUGUGCUUGGAAACGUACUGGGAGCCAAUGUAGGUCUUUCAAGACCGGUGUUAUGUGGUCUCGGCGGCCGCUCCCAGUCCCCACUCUGGCUGCCGCAUUCUGGAUUAGUUGUAGUUUCUGGGUCACCUUCAAAGGUAGCCCCACAUAGAGCACAUGCAUUGCAGUAGUCCAAGCGAGAGAUAACCAGAGCAUUCAAAGGUAGCCCCACAUAGAGCACAUGCAUUGCAGUAGUCCAAGCGAGAGAUAACCAGAGCAUUCACCACUCUGGCGAGGCAGUCCAGAUAUUAUUAUUAUUAGUAGUAGUAGUAGUAGUACUGGGAUUGAUGCCUUUCCCAGGCUCCCCCUUUGCUGAGCAUACCUCGCUUUCCCUCUUGCCCCGCAGGUGCAACACCCAGGACUACAUCUGGCACAAAGGCAUCCGCUGCGAGUCCAUCAUCACCGACUUCCAGGUGAUGUGCAUCGCCGUGGGCUCGGCCGCCCUGGUGGUCCUCCUCCUCUUCAUGAUGACCGUCUUCUUCGCCAAGAAACUCUACCUGCUCAAAACCGAAAACAGCAAAUUGCGCAAGACCAAGUGAGUGGCAGCGGGGCUGGGCUGGGCAGGUUUUUUGGUGGGUGGGUGUCAAUGUCAUGGGCGGGUUGGACGCAGAGGAAUAGGGGGAGGAACCAGCUGGGGAAGCCCCCAGGGGAAGAAGGCGCAGAGCCCUGGGAAGGGUGAUGGAAGAGGGAGAGGAGGUGUCAGAAUCUGAAAAGGCGACAGGGUUUAGUGAGCGGGGAGAGUCUGUGGCAGAGAGUAGUCCAGAAUUGGAGGCUGAGGCAGGAGAGGAGGGGGGCCAAGAGGCAGAGAUGGGUCUGGCUGGUGAAGAAGCUACUCCUGCUGCUGUGACAAGCUCUCCUCCUGCCUUGUCUCCCAGAACCAAGAGAGGCAUGAACAGGGCGGAGGAGAGUUUGGCCUCAUGCAGGCGCAGUCUCAGAUCGCGUGGGAAAUCCCCGGAGAGGAGGUCGGGACGCGGCAACUGAUUUUCACGGAGGAAGGCUCCUGGGAAUGAGCUGCUUUGCUCAGCCGCACACUCAGCCAAGUUGGGUUUUUGCUAGUGAAGAGCUAACUCCAUCUUUAAAUGGUGCGAUCGCUGACUGGCGAGGAAGAGUAGGGAGAGGGACGUUCCUGGAAAAGGUUUCAUCUUCAUCCUUUUAUUGCGGAGGUCCCGGGUGUGUGUGUCUUUUGGCUUUUUUGUCCUGAGGGCCACACUCAUCUCUGGACCACAUCGCAAGGGCCGCAUGGUAGCAGUGGGCGGGGCCUGGGGCAAAAGUGGGCGGAGCAACACAUGUUUAUCAUCAUGGAGGAGAGGGCUAUUGAGGGCUCCUAGCUAGGAUAGCUAUGCUCUGCAUCUGUGGUUAGAGACAGCAAUUUAAAGCCCUAAACAGCCUCGGUCCUGUAUACCUGAAGGAGCGUCUCCACCCCCAUCGUUCUGCCCGGACACUGAGAUCCAGCUCCGAGGGCCUUCUGGCUGUUCCUUCCCUGCGAGAAGUGAGGUUACGGGGAACCAGGCAGAGGGCCUUCUCGGUAGUGGCACCCACCCUCUGGAAUGCCCUCCCUUCAGAUGUGAAGGAAAUAAGCAGCUAUCUUAUAUUUAAAAGACAUCUGAAGGCAGCCCUGUUUAGGGAAGUUUUUAAUAUUUAAUGCUGUAUUGUUUUUAACACUCAAUUGGAAGCUGCCCAGAGUGGCUGGGGAGACUCAGCCAGAUGGGUGGGGUAUAAAUAAUAAAUUAUUAUUAUUAUUAUUAUUAUUAUUAUCUGGAUUCCAGUUGCUCUUGUGCUCGGAUCCCGCUUGCAUGUUUCCCAUCUGGUUGGCCACUGUGAGGACAGAAUGUUGGACUGGGUGCGCCCCCUUUGGCCUCAUCUGGCAGGCUUUCCUUAUUACGAUCCUGCCAUCAACGACAGUCUUUGUGGGAUCCCUGCUCCCGUCCCCAUCCUGUGAUUUACGGGGCGGGAGUUUUCCGGCUGGGAGAAACGCCAAGUGUUGUGUGUGCCCGGGAUGGAGCGCCUGUCAGUUCGCCUCUUCCUCAGGGCUGUAAAUUUCCCGGGUGACAUCAGAGAAAGAGGUGAAACAGAGUGGAAGGGGCGGGGGAGCCCAUUCUGAAAAAUGCACACAGCGGCAUUUUUCAGAACUGCCCCCCCCAUAUAUAUAAAAAAAGAAUUUAUCAGAAUAGCAGUUUGCAUGACCCACUAAGGAAGACAAGACGACAAUAAAAUUCGAAACAGCAGCCAUUAAUUGCGCAUUCGCUGAAAACCCAAUUAAAACUAUUUCGUUUAAUUACUCCGCCAAGCCUGGUGAACUUGAUCUUUGAUGCCAGCUUCUCAAAGUCCUCUAGCAAGAGUCCUAGGUGCCACAUUUAGUAACUUCUUCACUGCUCAGUAAAUUCCCAGCGUGACGGAUGGGCUUGAUGCAGCGAGUCCAGUUUCCCAAUGUCUUGUUUAUUAUUAUUAUUAUUUCUUGGAUUUAUAUACCGCCCUAUACCCAGAGGUCUCAAGGCGGUUCCCAUAAAAGGAUCACAGUAUAUAAAAUUAAAAUAAAAGCAAUAACCCAAUUAUAAAGUAAAGGUAAAGGGACCCCUGACCAUUAGAUCCAGUCGUGACCGACUCUGGGGUUGCGACGCUCAUCUCGCUUUAUUGGCCGAGGGAGCCAGUGUACAGUUUCCGGGUCAUGUGGCCAGCAUGACUAAGCCACUUCUGGCGAACCAGAGCAGCGCAUGGAAACGCCGUUUACCUUCCCGCUGGAGCUGUACCUAUUUAUCUACUUGCACUUUGACGUGCUUUCGAACUGCUAGGUUGGCAGGAGUAGGGACCGAACAACGGGAGCUCACCCUGUCGCGGGGAUUCGAACCACCGACCUUCUGAUCGGCAAGUCCUAGACUCUGGUUUAACCCACAGCGCCACCUGCAUCCCUAUAAUCCAUUUAUACCCCCCCAAAAGAGCCACAUUUUAAAAGGGUAUGGGAUGUUGAUCAGGUCAACCAAAGGCCUGGUUAAAAAGGAAUGUUUUUGCCUGGCACCUAAAGGUGUAUAAUGAAGGCGUCAGUCAAACUUCCCUGGGGAGAGCACCCCACAGACGGGGAGCCACUGCAGAGAAGUUAACAAGAGUCUUCAAUCCCCACUUCCAGCACCCACCUCUUGCCCCCUUGCCUCUUAGGGAAUCCGCCAGGGAAUCCCAUUGCCCUUCAGGGGAUGGUACUUCGCUGGGCUACCCACUUCAUACAGUUGUGGGGCAGAAUCCCUUCUGGGCUGGACUGCUUUUGCCUGCAGGUGAGGGAACUGUCAGAACAUAAACAUACAAGCUGGCGCCGCAGGUGGGAGAGACACCUGUGACUCUUUGCCAACCAGGCUCAUCUCUGUCUCUUGGCCUCCCUCCUUUCUUGCUUCUGCCUCUGAGUCUGGACUCUUCUCUGCCACUGACUCUCCCCGCUCACUAAGCCCUGUCGCCUCUUCAGAUUCCAACACCUCCUCUUCCCAGUCCUCCCCUUGUGCCCACUCAUCGUUGUCCCACCAGCAAUCCCCUGGCUCUGAGUCUUCUUCCCAUGGGGGUUCUCCAGUUGGUGCCUCCCCUCCCUCCUCUGCGUCCAACCAGUCCCAAACCCAAGCGCCCCCUCCCCUCCUGUGGUUUCCAGCAACUCGAAUUCAGAAGCAUUUCUGCCUCCGAACGUGGAAGCAGAGCCCAGCCUCCAUCGCCAAUAGCCUUUUCCUCCACCGCGAAUUUGCCCAAUCCUCUUUUUAAGCCAUCUAGGUUAGGUGGCCAUCCCUGCCUCCUGUGGCAGUGAGUUCCAUAGGUUAACCGUGGGCUUGCAUGCAGCAGAACUUCCUUCCAUCCACCCUGAAAUUAUUAUUAUUAUUAUUAUUAUUAUUAUUAUUAUUACUAUUAAUUUAUUUAUACCCCGCCCUUCCUGGUUCAAAAAACCGGGCUCAGGGCGGCUAACAACCAAUUUAAAACACUUAAUUGAUGCAACAAAAACAGCAUAAAGUACAGUAUAAAAUGUGAAUAACAACAAAUUCAAAAAUCAAUUUAGGGGGAAAAUCCAUCCAAUAAACAUUAGAUGAUCCCCAGGGCUAGCUGGCUAAAUUAGUCCUAUUUGGGCCAGCGAGGAGACCAGGGGAGAAUUAGCUGUGGGAUCCCAGACCGGGUAAUCUUCAUAAAAUGGGGGAGGAGGAGGGAGGGAAGGAAGGAAGGGGAAUAAAAGAUCAGGCUAAGUUCAAAUUCAAAGACAGGCGGAAUAGCUCUGUCUUACAGGCCCUGCGGAAGGAAGUUAAAUCCUGCAGGGCCCUGGUCUCAUGGGACAGAGCAUUCCACCAGGUUGGAGCCACCACUGAGAAGGCCCUGGCCCUGGUGGAGGAUAGUCUGACUUCCUUAGGGCCCGGGACCUCUAAACUAUGAUUAUUCAUGGACCUUAAGGAAAUCUUCCAGCCCUCAGCCUCAUUGGAUGCCCACGAGUUGUAGCCUGUCCCAGGUCUCUGUUCUUCUUCUUCAUGCUCAACGUUGAGCCAAGGAAAGCUGGAAACUCUGUCGCCUGCCGGUCGGUUGGGGCUGCAAGCGCAGGCCUGCUCACCCUGCAUAACCCCACUUAGCAUCUGGAGGAUGGGAAGGAGGGAGAGCUCCUGCGCUGCUUCUCGGCUAAGGUUGCGGCUUUGUAUCCCAGCUCCUGGCUCUCUUCUCUUUCCCCUCCUGGGUCUGAGCAGGCCAGCUCCCUAAUGAGCGGUUAAUUGCUGUUUUGCAAAAGUGCCAUCAGUAAUUACCAAGGAGUGCUUUGCACUGUCUGGCAAGACCUGUGGGGGUGGGGUGGGGGCCAUGGGAGGGGGAGAGCAAAGGUAGUUGCCAGCAGCUUCUGGGCAUUGAAUGCACUUUGAGCUUUUCCCUUACAUCUUCAGUAGAACAACUCCAAAAUACGGGGCUUUUUUGCAUGUCAUGGGCAUCGCCGUUUUUCGCCAAGGCAACGCCAUUUGUGGUUAUUGCCGCUGGGAAUGACCGCAUCCCAGGCACUGGGAAACAAAAGUCUCAUGGUGGUAUCCUGUUGGGAAGGUGCAAAAUGAUAGAGUGGGUUUGCAUCAAACAAAAAACUAGGCCCCCCCCUCUCUCCCCCUCUCUGAGAAUCCCAGCUGACCUCUCACUUCUGGCUGCGAUGAGCCAUUUUUCAAAGCUCCCUGUCGUGGCAGAAUCUAAUAAUCGCCACCCAAGCUGCAGGCACCCAAGUCUUUCAGACCCAAUGCGCUUUCUGUAGCAGUGGCUAUGCAGAUGCCUCCCUCUUGAGGGAGGCUGGCCCCUCCGCUUUGUGCUCAGCGCCUGGCAACAGAGAUAGACUCUUCUUGGAUAUGGAGGUUCCGCUUAGCUACUUAGCACAAAGGCCGUUUGCAUGCCGUGAUUUUGUCGGAGGACCAAAAACCCAUGGUGCAAUGUCUUCCGUGCAAAAAUGCAACAUUUUGAGAUCGCCUCUGCGUGAAUCUUGCUUUAGAAGCCGGUUUCUAGCCCUUGUGGACCCAAUUCAAUGGACUUGGACUACUGCAAUGCGCUCUACGUGGGACUACCUUUGAAGGUGACCCAGAAACUGCAAUUAAUCCAGAAUGCAGCAGCUAGACUGGGGACUGGGAGUGGCCGCUGAGACCACAUAACACCAGUCUUGAAAGACCUACAUUGGCUCCCAGUAUGUUUCUGAGCACAAUUCAAAGUGUUGGUUCUGACCUUUAAAGCCCUAAACGGCCCAGUAUACCUGAAGGAGCGUCUCCACCCCCAUCGUUCAGCCUGGACACUGAGAUCCAGCGCCAAGGGCCUUCUGGCGGUUCCCUCAUUCGAGAAGUGAGGUUACAGGGAACCAGGCAGAGGGCCUUCUCGGUAGUGGCGCCCGCCCUGUGGAACGCCCUCCCUUCAGAUGUGAAGGAAAUAAGCAGCUAUCUUUUCUUUAAAAGACAUCUGAAGGCAACCCUGUUUGGGGAAGUUUAUAGAAUCUUUAUAGAAUUCCUUCAAAUCAUAAAAUGUUCAAAAUGAAACCUUUAGUCUCAAAGUCUCUGUACUUUGUACGGUGGAAGACAAGCUUUGUGUAUUCAACAAUGAAUGAAUGAAUUACUUCGAAUGACUGUAUAUAAAUGAAAAUAUCAAAUGCUGUGGAACAGUGUUCAUGUAAUAAUGUAGUUGCAGCAUUUGAUAUUUUCAUUUACAUACAUUCAUUUGAGAUAAGGUGGGUUUAUGAAGCAAUUCUAUAUCCACCCACCACGCUGAUGAAGAAUUCUACGAAACAGUAGUCAAUAUCCGGAAUCACUGUUCAGUGUUAGACAUCGUUGUUGAAUGCACAACGCUUCACAGCUUGUCUUCCACUGUACAAAGUCUGGCACCUCGCUUCAUUUAAAGAUUUCCAGAGACUUUGAGACUAAAGAUUUCAUUCUGAACUUUUUGUGAUUUGAAGGAAUUCUAUAAAGAUUGUUUAUUAUGUAUGUUUGCGGUCAUCGUGUUGCCUAGACAUUGCUCUGGAACGGUACGCCCCUUCAUAGCUGUCAACGUUUCCCUUUUUUUUAAGGGAAAUUCCCUUAUUCCGAAUAGGAUUCCUCGCGAGAAAAGGGGAAAGUUGACAGCUAUUCGCCCCUUCUCUCUAGGGCCUUGACAUCCACGCUGGGUUUCUGUGUUGUGUGAUUCAGCUGGGUCCCGUCCAGGCAGGGCGGGGGUCUUCAGUGCUUAAUAUGUGCAGAGAUGGGUCCCUGGCUUCUUAGCAACAACACAUUGGUUGGGGGGGGGGGAGGAAGGACGGAGCCUGGGAACUGCCCCCACCCCUCUUCCCGAGCGCCCCUUUCUGCCAGAGGUCAUGGGAGCGCCUUGCAUUCCUAUGCGCUGCUUUUUCUUUUGCAAAUGAGCUUGGUUUCCUCCCCCCCUUAAAAAAAACAACAAAACCGCCUGAGUGCGCAGCCACAAUGCCCCCCCUUUCUUCCCUCCAGCUCCCUUAAAGAGCUUUGUGGGGGGGCGCUGAGCAGCUGGGGCUCUGCGUGGGGGCUCUUAGCUUGGCAACAGCAGAUGGCCGUAUUGUCCGUCGGGUGGGGAGGUAUGGCUUUGUAUGGUGGUGGUGGUGGGGGUAUUCGAAGGGAAAGAUUCCCUCCAUCGGCAUCUUGGGGGGGGGGCAGAGGUCAUCUGAGAGCGGGGGGGGGCAGCGUUGGUGAGAAGCAACUCAAUUCCCUUUGGGGAGAUACGCAGCGUGGCGCAAAAACGUGGCGGAUCGCGCCUUCCUGGCACCAAGCGCACUGUGCCCCCCCUUGCGAAUGAAGCCAUGGAAUCGUAAAACGGUCGAAUUGCAAAGGGACCCUGGGGGGCAUCUAGUCCAACCCCCCCGAAAUGCAGGAACAGCAGCACUUUUGCUCCACCAUUGGAAUGUGGCCCCCAGAAGGUUAUAUGGGAGAGAAUGUGGCCCUUGAGCUUCCCACAGUUGUUAACUGGCAUCUGUUUCUCACUUUCCUGUAUAGCUUAGUUUAGAUAAUUUAUUCCGGUCGGAGACCAGCUUAUAAAACGCACUUGAGGGUACAGUCACAGAAGGAAAACAAACAAUUAAAACCAUGUACAACAAUAAAUUUAAAAUUUAUAAAUGCGAUUAGCGUAUAGACACUUUCAGAUAAACUACCGCAGAGAGAUGACCCAGAGUCACCCAUGGAACCGAGUUUGGGGAUUUUCUUAACGAACUCGUUUGGGUCGGGGGAUGGUCUGCGCGUACAGAUCUGUACACAGAAUCUGGCGACCAUCUGGGUCUUACGAUCUUCGCAUAACAGGAAAAGGUCAAACUUUUCCCCUGUAUAUUUUCUACUGCACAACUUUAUGUCUUUUUGUUGCAAUUUUUAAAAUUGUUUUUUAAUUGUUUUGAUUUGUUUUAAUUGUUGCUGUGAUUUUUUAAAAACGAAUUGGCAAUCGAUCAAUUCAUUAUCGAAGAGGGUUUUCUGCCCCCCCCCCCGUGUUAUUGUCAUAAGAAAUGAUGAGCAAUAUGUCAUAAUUAAUAUUAUUCCAGCUCCACAAUAAGAAAAAUAAAAAGAUGGAUGGUCACAGGGAUGCCACAACAUUGUCGGUCCCUUCUGACUGUAGAUUCUGCGAAUGUUAAUCGUUUUAAGCAAAAAUGAGGCAAAAAUCAGUUUUAAGCAAAAAUCAGUCAGGAGGUUUAGGCAGGAAACUUUCCUCCUGGGAAGUUCUCCUCCGCAAGUGCAAAUUUGGCCGGAGAUUGCUGCGUGAAAGGCACCCUGCAACUGCUCAGAGGCAACCUCUUCCCAGCGCUUCACCUGUUCUGGUGCUCUGCAAAGUGAGUGUGGGUGACCUCUGGUUUUUCCCAUGGAAAAAGUUGUGGAACGAACGGCUAGAUUGCUUCAUUUUAGGAGAAGGCUUUUUUUGGGGGGGGUAGGGGAGUACAGCUGGGUGUGCAGAAGAGAAAGUGGUUGCAGGAGCUGCCCUCUGUUUGUGCAACUCUAUGCCGUUCACUUCCACAUAUAAUAAUUAUAAUAAUAAUUUAGUAUUUAUACACCGCCCAUCUGGCUGGGUUUCCCCAGCCACUCUGGAUGGCUUCCAACCGAAUAUUAAAAACAAUACAGCAUCAGACAUUAAAAACUUUCCUAAACAGGGACACCUUCAGUUGUCUUUUAAAAGUAAAAUAGCUGUUUAUUGCCUUGACAUCUGCUGGGAGGGCGUUCCACAGGGCAGGCGCCACCACCAAGAAGGCCCUCUGCCUGGUUUCCUGUAAUCUCACUUCUUGCAGUGAGGGAACUGCCAGAAGGCCCUUGGAGCUGGACCUCAGUGUCCGGGCAGAACAAUGGGGGUGGAGACGCUCCUUCAGGUCUACUGGGCCGAGGCCGUUUAGGGCUUUAAAGGUCAGCACCAACACUUCGAAUUGUGCUUGGAAACGUACUGGGAGCCGUAAUCGUGUUUGAACAGUGUAGCAGGCACUCAAAGUUCCCUGGACAUAUUGCUAUGGUUUGUUGCCAGCUCAACAAUCGAGUUGUGUCCUGCCUUUGUUGAGAGUCCUACAUCGCGGGGAUGGGGGGGGGUUGGCCUGGAUGACCUUUGGGUUCCCUUCCAAGUCUGCAAUGACUCUUUCUGACCUCCGGAUUCUCUCCUUUCUUUCCUCUCUCUGCUUCUUGUUUGUUUCCCCUCUUCUUCUCCUCCCCGCCGCCGGCAGAUACCGAACCCCCUCUGAGCUCCACAACGACAACUUCUCGCUGUCCACAAUUGCGGAGGGCUCGCACCCAAAUGUAAGGAAAUUUUGUGACACCCCCUCCAACCUCUCCCCUCAUGCUCGUGCAUUGGCUUACUAUGAUAACAUUAUCUGUCAGGUAACUUGUCUUCUUCACGUCUCCCCCCCUUGCUGCAUGCCUCCUGCCCCCCACCCUCGUCUCCCGCCCCACUGCCUGCCCCAGAGCACGCUCAGACCAACACCAGCGAGAGAAAUUGCCGGUGCCUGCAAUGGGGGAAUAGUCGGGGGGGGGGUCUGGCUGCCCCCAACCAGAGAUAACUCCAAAACAGCCCUGCUGGCUUUGACCAGAGGCCCACCUAUCCUGGCACCCUGUUUUCCCAGGGUCCAAAUGCCCCACAGAACCUAAGAAUUGAGAUAGACUGCCCCUGGAGCUGCAAGUUCCAUACGGAUGUCAGAAGAGCUAGUGGCUCAGUACAGGUGAAACUCGAAAAAUUAGAAUAUCGUGGAAAAGUUCCUUGAUUUCCGUAAUUCAACUUAAAAGGUGAAACUAAUAUAUGAGAUCGACUCAUGACAUGCAAAGCGAGAUCUGCUUCUACUUCUCAGAGGUCCAAAUCUCGCUCGAUUUGCAAUCCUUGUUUUGCUGAUUUCCUUGAAUAUUCUAAUUUCUGAGAUGGUUAAUUUGGGGUUUUCAUAAACUGUGCGUUAUUGCAACGGUAACAAAUCAAGGCUUGGCAUAUCUCGCUUUGCAUGUCACGAGUCUAUCUCAUAUAUCAGUUUCACCUUUCAAGUUGAAUUGUGGAAAUCAAGGAACUUUUCCAUGAUAUUCAAAUUUUUCGAGUUUCACCUGUAGGUUCCUCCAGGAAACACCCUGGCAGGAACCCCGUAAGUUCCUAAGAAGUGGCCAGUUAUCCCAGUGGCACGGUGGGAACCCCACAAGGCAGGGACCUGAGUUCGAUACUUGCACACUCCUCCCUUGUGAAUCCAGACAGCUGGAUGUGUUUGAAAGCAUCCUUUUUCUGUGGAUUUAUCUAGUCCCCGUUGGUGGGUGUCACUGUCUCCUGCGGAAGGGAGUUCCCUAGUUUCAUGGCACACUGCGUGUGAAAAUUCUGCCCUUUCCAACACUCAGCUUCCUUGAAUGCCCACAUUCUUCCAUUAUGAGAGAGGGACGGGAAAAAAUUAUUCCUCCUCUAUGCACACUGUAUAAAUUUCUGCCACAUCCUCCGUUAUACUUGCCUUUCCCCUUCCAAGCUGAAAAUGCAACCUUUCCCCUCAUAGGGAGUUGCUGCAACCCAACUGAUCAUUUUCUGCAUAAUAUAUCCUUUUAAAGGGACGCAGGUGGCGCUGUGGGUUAAACCAAUGAGCCUAGGACUUGCCGAUCAGAAGGUUGGCGGUUCAAAUCCCCAUGACGGGGUGAGCUCCCGUUGCUCGGUCCCUGCUCCUGCCCACCUAGCAGUUUGAAAGCACAUCAAAGUGCAAGUAGAUAAAUAGGUACCGCUCUGGCGGGAAGGUAAACGGCGUUUCCGUGCGCUGCUCUGGUUCGCCAGAAGCGGCUUCGUCAUGCUGGCCACAUGACCCGGAAGCUGUAAGCCGGCUCCCUCGGCCAAUAAAGCAAGAUGAGCGCCACAACCCCAGAGUCGGUCACGACUGGACCUAAUAAUGGUCAGGGGACCCUUUACGUUUGUAUCCUUUUAAAAGGGCAGCUCUCUGCUGCCCGAUCCAUGCAGAAGUUGUGCCACUGUUCGCCCACGUGGCUGCGUUUCUCUGCACCCGCUCUGUUCAUCCGGUGCACUGAGCCUGCCCGCCUGCUUGCCUAACCCUCUUUUCCAGGGCCUUUGGGAAAGUCCACCACAUUUGCAUAAAAUGUACUUUUAUCCAGAUUUUAAAAAAAACAACAAUACAAAUUAAUGCUGCAAUCCUAUAUGCCUUUACCUGAAAGUCAGCCAGUCAGAAAAAUGACCACCAAACAUGCCCCGCUGGAUGUCCAGUAGCUUUGGGGCAGCCGCGUAGAAUUGAAAUAUCGUAAGGGACCCCCAGCGGUCAUCUAGUCCAGCCCCGCUGCAGAGGAGGAAUCGUGGCCAAAUAUUUCGAGAAGCAGGAAACGAGGACGGUCUUGCGCCUUUAAACAAAGCAACUGUUUGGCCUGGCGAUGCGCAUGAUUAGCGAUUGGGGGUGGGGGCGGUGUUGCCGAAUGUGGCCCCCAAGAUCUCUCGAUCCGGCCCUUGGGACUGUCAAGCCUGCAUCCUGCUGUUGCUUGCCUGAGCGAUGCUUCCCCGAUGAAUGUGCUCCCUGCCCCUCCUUCCCUUCCAUGUUUCCGCAACCCCCCCCGCCUCCCUUGUGUCCAUCCUCACGGGGGCUUGGACCCUGCUUGUCUGCGUGCCGACAACCACAUGCCCACACCCACGUCUGGCCACGGGGGUCUUGGGGUGGGGGCACGAGGCUGCUGUGCGCUUGCUGCUUCCUCUCUCCAGUGCUGCCUGUGGGAGGGGGAAGUGGGGGGCAGUUGGGGGGAGGAGAUGGGGAUGCAACAGAGCAUGUGCAGAGAGCAUCAGGGACACUCUGGAGGUGUCAACAGACAGACCUCCUCAGCUGGGGGUUUCAGGGUAUUUAUUUCAUUAUUUUUGUGUGUUUAUUGUAGGCAUUUAAUAUUCCGUCCUUCAUUAAAAAGCACACACACACACAUAAAUCUCUGAGGACUUUUCAAUCCAGAUAGAUAGAUAGAUAGAUAGAUGAUAGACAGAGAUAGAUAGAUACUGUUUUUAACACUUGAUUGGGAACCGCCCAGAGUGGUUGGGGAAACUCAGCCAGAUGGGUGGGGUAUAAAUAAUAAAUUAUUAUUAUUAUUAUUAUUAUUAUUAUUAUUAUUAUUAUAGAUAGAUGAUAUAUAGACAGAAAGACAGACAUACUGUAAAUAGAUAGAUAGAUGAUAGAUAUAGAUAGAUAGACAGAGAUAGAUAGAUAGAUAGAUAGAUAGAUAGACAGAGAGAGAGAGAAAUUAAUGCCACAAUCCUAUGUACAUUUGCCAGGGAGUUGCUGCUGGCUCAUGUAGCAGGCGGUCCCAAUCCACGAACCACCAGCUUUCUUAUAUAUAUAUUGGGUUUUUAAAUUGUAUUUCGGUUUGAAUCCUGUGGUAUUCAAACUGCGCUACAAUAAAAACGCAGCAUAUACGAAAUAUUGUCGGCAUGGACUUUCACGUGCAGUGCGCCGUUAAACUAGGGAACUCCCUUCCGCAGGAGGCAGCAACGCCCGCCAACCUGAACAGAGCGCUUCUGCGCAUGCAGCAAAACACAGAAGUAUGCACUUCCGGGUUUGUCGCGUCCGUAACCCGGAAGUUACGUUCCGAGAGUCCACUGUAUUAAUAUAUAUGCUGCUUAUCUGCCAAUAUGGCUCCCAAAGGAAUUUUACAACUAUGAAAUCCGUCACAAAAUCCAAACAGAAUUAAAACGUCCAGGAACAAUGCCGUUGGAGAAUUAAAGCAUCCUUAUUUAAAAUGCGGGACGCGGGUGGCGCUGUGGGUUAAACCACUGAGCCUCUUGGACUUGCCGAUCAGAAGGUCGGAGGUUCGAAUCCCUGCGACGGGGUAAGCUCCCGUUGCUCGAUCCCUGCUCCUGCCAACCUAGCAGUUGCACAUCAAAGUGCAAGUAGAUAAAUAGGUACCACUCCGGUAGGAAGGUAAACGGUGUUUCCAUGCGCUGCUCUGGUUUGCCAGAAGCGGCUUAGUCAUGCUGGCCACAUGACUCGGAAGCUGUACGCCAGCUUCCUCGGCCAAUAAAGCGAGAUGAGCGCCACAACCCCAGAGUCGGCCACGACUGGACCUAAUGGUCAGGGGUCCCUUUACCUUUACCUUUAUUUAAAAUGCACAGUAACCCAGUUUAAAAAAAUAAAAUGUAUUUGAGACCAGCAUCCUGGUACUCUAAACUCUCCUGGAGUUAAGUGCCAAAAUCCCAGCGCUGUCCUCAGAAGCGUGGUUGAGACCAUGAUGCUAUGUCUGCUUUUUACUACAUUUCUAUUGUCGCCCCACGUAACCGGAGUCCUCUGACUGGAUUGGGGAAGAGGAAACCCAGCAACCUUAAACCGCAAGGGAAAACCGUUGCAAAUUAAUGAAAGAACUUGAAGCUUAAAACCUAGGGCUUAAAAAUUGAUUUAAAACUGGGAGGAGCGGCAGUUGAAUUGGUUAAAAAGGCACGGACUGGCAGAAAGAUAUUUGCUAAGCACUUUCCAGAUUAUGGAAUCUGUGUGGAAAUCUGUUCCGUAGCCAGGAGCACAGAGAAUCAGGCCAUUGGUCCAGCUAGCUACUUCCCACACUGACUGGCAGCUGUCGUCCAUCAACUCAGAAGGGCAGCUUUCCCAGCCCUAACUGGAGGUGCCUUUUGGGACUAAACCUGGGAUUCAAAGGAGGUGCUCUCCCAGUGAGCUAGGGUGAGGCGUUCCCAAAGUAAAGGAAGGAUUGAACUCUGAUUAAUAAGAAUAUACACAGAGGCUUGAACCAGCAAGACCCUGGGAAGGGUCCAUGUAAUAAUCUCUCCCUCCACCCCCGGCUCAGGUCGUUUUAUUCACAAAAGAGCUUUUUACAGAGUGUUCGUAAGAACCAAUCAGAUUUCUUCUAAGCAUUUCAACAAACCCCACAUGGGGACAAAGUUAAACUACCAAAACUAAUUAAGCAUGGGGUAAAUAAAACAGAACUACAAAGGAGUGCAUUUGGCAACCCCGGGAAGUGAUAAACAAGCAAUAUACAUGAUAAGGAUGGCCAGGAGGACAGCGAUCAUUAUCACCUUCAGGUGAGAUCUGUUUCCUGGCCCUAAGAUUAACAUAUCAGAAAAGCUACAUCAAAGAAACUGCCCACUGUCUUUGAUGACCCAGGAUGCCUGCCUGGCGAAGCAACUGGCAGUGUACAUGACUGGUCAAGCAAGAGAAAUGGAACAGGGAUGCAGAGGUGUGGAUUGAUCAGAAAUCCUAUCAAAAUAGUUUAAACCCAGUCAACGCAAUGCUUUCAUUGCUGACACAGAUGGCUUACUCUAUAUUUGUUAUAAUUCCUCAUAGCAAUCCCACCUGAUCACUACACUAGGGCCCGGCUCCAAAAACAAGAUUCUAGCCCUCAUGGAGGUCUGGUUUGAAUGAGAACCCCAAAAGCUGCCUUAUUACCCAGUCGGGGCAUGGAUCCAUCCAAUUCAUUAUUGUCUGCGCUGAUUGACUCUCCAGGAUCAGGGGCAGGGAUCUUGCCGAAUCCCUGGGGAUUAAGCCCAGGGGGCUGGAAUGGAUGACCUCACGGGUCCCUCCCAGCUCUACAGUUGUACGAUUCAGGAGCUUGUGAUUUUUUACCUCGAAGCAUAGGAUUCAGCCAGCUAGGGGCCCGUCCAUGCUAGGCCUUCCUAGUUGAGAUCUCUGUUGCCAUCACCGCUUCCAGCGCUGACUCCCUUUUCUCUCUCACGCUUCCUUGCUCCCUCCCUUCCCAACCGCCCCCCCCCCCCAAUUUAGGACGACCCCAAUGCCCCCCACAAGCUUCAAGACCCCUUGAAGUCGUGCCUGAAAGACGAGGAGUCCUUCAACAUCCAGAACUCCAUGUCGCCCAAACUGGACAACGGCAAAGGGGAACCGGACGACUCGGAGGUGAAUUGCUUGCAGAACAACCUGACAUGAGAGGCCAGAAGGAGAGAAAGAAAGAGGAGAGAGCGAGAGAGAAAGAGAAAAAGAAAGAAAGAAAGAAAGCGAGAAAGAGAGAAAGAGAGAGAGAGGAAAUGAGGAGGGAGGAGGGAAACGGAAAUAAGGCGGAAUAAAACAUUUAAGAGCACGAGGGUCGCGCCCUCUUUGUACAAAGCUUAUUUCUCGUAAUCGUUCAUUCUCUUUGCUAUCCCUUCCCCAACGACUUCAUAGCAUGCUUUGAUGUGUUUUUGUACAGCGGGAAAAACAAGGGUAAUAAUAAAGAAUACACAAGAAGAUGAAACUCUUCCUCUAUCAAGUGUGUCUCUCCCCCCCCCCCCAUGAAUUGUGUGUGUUGGGUUGUGUGUUCCGUCGCCGUCUGUAUAAUGCCUGGGUUAGCCUCACUCCUGACUCUUUCCCCCCCUUCCCCUCCGUCCUUCCCAAAUCUCCCCCCUCACUGCUGUGAUUUCUAAACCUUUGCUGUGACUCGACUGACUUUUUUUUGUAUUUUACCCAGCCUUUUUUGGAGAAACGAGUUUGAAAAUGUGAAAAAAAUUAAAAGACCU